UCAUAUUUGGAGGUGUGCAUUCCCCCCUCCAGAACAGAGCAGGAGUAUCCUGAUAACCAUUCCUGUGAGGGUACACCCAGAUGUUACUCUGCUAAAUAAUCUAAAGAUGAACCCUUUCAUGUGGAGCCUUCUAUAUUUUGUUUUACUGCUGUUUUCUGAAGUUGCACAUGCCACAUACCACCUCAGAGCAGGAGAUCCUCAGAUGAUAACUGCACAAAGUUACGCUCAGACCAGACAAAAUGGUCAACCAAUGUUCAGGACUCUGAAUCCAGCAAAUCACAGAAGUGAUUACACGUAUAGAGGAAGGUAUCACUACCACUACCAGGCACCGAGGAUCCCUCCACCGGUAGUGUAUCGACCUGUUCCUCUAUCUCCACCAGUGACUUACCACAGACCCCUGGUCCCCAUGCUGCCUUAUGGACACAGGUUCAAUGUGCCAGCUCCACCACAUUCACAUCACAUAUACAAAGGUUUAUCUCCACCAGUUGCUCAGCCGCAUCCCCAGCACAGAAUCAAAGGCCCAUGGCCGUACAGACUGAAAACUUCAUGCCCUACAAACCUGGUGACAGCGGCACCUGUUGUAGUCCGCCCAAAUCUACCAGAAUCUACAAAACAGCCCACCUUCCCUGCAACAGGAGUGGCUCCAGUGACAUUCAUCAUGACCACUGCGUCGCCGGUGGAGACCCCUGCUCCCUGGACGCAACUGGUCAGUACCCAAAGCGGGCUCAUCACCACCAUCAGUCCUGUGGAGACAGAGACAGACUCCCCGUGCAGGAGCCGCCCCCUGGACCUGGUCUUCAUCAUUGACAGCUCUCGCAGCGUUCGUCCUGCAGAGUUUGAGAAGGUCAGAAUCUUCCUGGCUAACAUGGUGGACACCCUAGAUGUGGGCUCAGAUGCUACAAGGGUGGCUGUGGUGAACUAUGCCAGCACAGUCAAGAUAGAGUUUCUGCUCAAAGACCAUUUCAACAAACUUGACCUGAAGAAAGCCAUCGCCCGAAUUGAGCCCUUGGCGACCGGUACGAUGACUGGCCUGGCCAUCAAGACAGCAAUGAAAGAAGCCUUCACUGAGCAGUCUGGAGCCCGGUCUCGCUCCAGGAACAUCGCCAAAGUUGCCAUCAUCGUAACUGAUGGGAGACCUCAGGAUCAGGUGGAAGGAGUGUCUGCUGAGGCCCGUGCCUCGGAAAUAGAGAUCUACGCUGUGGGCGUGGACCGUGCAGACAUGCGCUCCCUACAACUGAUGGCCAGUCUCCCUCUGGAGGAACACGUCUUCUACGUGGAAACCUAUGGCGUUAUUGAGAAGCUCACCUCCAAGUUCAGGGAAACCCUGUGCGGUGUGGACCCCUGUGCCAUGGGACAUGACUGUGAGCACAUCUGCAUCAACAGCAACGCCUCCUAUUACUGCAAGUGCCGGAACGGUUAUGUAUUGAAUGCAGACAAGAGAACGUGUUCCCUGAAACGUGAAGAGGUGAGAGCAGAGGUGGUGGAGGAUCCCUGCAAAUGUGAAGCCAGGUUGGCUUUCCAAAAGCAGACGCAGGCAGCCAUCCAGCAACUGACAGACAAGCUAGCUGACAUAUCAGGGAGGAUAGAGCAUCUGGAGAACAUGUUGGGUCGUGCAUGAACUUAUACACACUGAGGGAACUUCAUUCAUGCGCAUGAGCUUCCUGCCAUCUGCAACCUCCUCUCACCAGAUUUCUUCCAGGCCGCCCAAAGCUGUGACUCACAUUUCAAUGAUUUGUAGAACACACUUAAAACAUCCCAUCCGGUGUUUAAAUCUAUUUUUUAUUAAACUAAUGCAUUAACUAAUAAACUAAUGCAUUUUCUGACCAUUGUUUAAUGUGAUUAUUACUUUUUGCAUUAACAAAAAAAUGUAUAUAGUAAAUUUUAUUGUGGCACAGUAAAUAAAUAAAUCUGAAUGAAUUUAUUUAGUAACAUCGUAAGAAAAGGUGUCAAUUAUGUGUCAAUUUAGACUUACAUGUUAAAAAUAAUGACACAUUUUGUGCUUUAUAUAUGUUUAUGAGGGAAUAUGUUUGCCAAAAUGUAUGUGGAAAUGUAACAGACAUAUAAUAAACAUAGUAAAAAGUA